AAAAUGAAUACGCUACACUUCUUUCCAAAAUGUUCUCUUUUUGCUGUCACAGAACCAAAGUACAAGCAUAGAAAGGCAUGGAAAUGAAAUGUACCCUUUUGGAGAAUAUACGCCCUAUAGAGGGAGUUCAGGAAGACGUCUAGCAGGUGCUGCCAACACUGAUGAGAGAUCUUAUAUGCAAAGAUUGUGAGUGUUUGAAUAGACCACAUCAUGCGUGAGUACAAGCUAGUGGUCCUUGGCUCAGGUGGCGUGGGGAAGUCUCACUUGACUGUACAGUUUGUUCAGGGAAUUUUUGUUGAAAAAUAUGACCCUACAAUAGAAGACUCCUACAGAAAGCAAGUGGAAGUAGACUGUCAACAAUGUAUGCUUGAAAUCCUUGAUACAGCAGGGACGGAGCAAUUUACAGCAAUGAGGGAUCUCUAUAUGAAGAAUGGUCAGGGAUUUGCACUAGUAUAUUCUAUUACAGCACAGUCCACGUUCAAUGACUUACAAGACCUGAGGGAACAGAUCUUACGGGUCAAGGACACUGAAGAUGUUCCCAUGAUUCUGGUUGGCAAUAAAUGUGAUCUGGAAGAUGAGCGUGUGGUUGGCAAAGAACAAGGACAGAACUUAGCAAGACAGUGGUGUAACUGUGCCUUUCUAGAGUCAUCUGCAAAGUCUAAAAUCAAUGUUAAUGAGAUCUUUUAUGAUCUCGUCAGACAGAUAAAUAGAAAAACACCAGUGGAAAAGAAGAAGCCUAAAAAGAAAUCAUGCCUGCUGCUCUAGACCCACAAUAAGCAGCAGCUCUGAGCCAGGAUUAAAGGAAUGAAGAACUGUUGCCUAAUUUGGAAAGUGCCAGCAUUCCAGAACUUCAAAUAACUCCACCAUGAAUUAGCAACAUAUCUGAAGAGGCUUCUGUUUUUAUAUAUUAUGUGAAGAAUUUAGAUCUUAUAAUGGUUUGCACAAAGAUCCCUGGGGGGGAACCCUGAAAAUAAAAUUGCUCUGUGUAUAUCUCUUGAAAAUUAAAGACAAUAGUACUUCUCCUC